CAGAAAAUAUCAGACUGCACACAUGAGCUUGAAUAAACCUCAGGCACACAACUGGUCUGAGAACAUUGCUGCAAUCAGUCUUCUGUGCACCUGUGUAAUCAUCCUGAGAUGCUGCAGUUUGGAAACUAGUAUGCAUAGCAAACACUGGAGUCCCCGGGAACCCUGCAGGGGAUCAUUACAGCUUGCCAGACGCCUGAACCCUCCUAUCAGAGGACCCGACGGACCCCCUGCCCCACCUGAAGUGACACUGGAGAUGGAGCCACAAACAGAUGAAUACAGGGAGAAUGAAAGGUUUCUUCAGCGGACAUCUAGUUUUGGAAAAACUGUCAAAUUUAUUUUGCCUCCCAUUACCAUUGAUGACAAUGUGCCCCAAGAGGAGGAGAUGCAGUUCUAUCAGGCGGUUGAAGAUGUCCUUGGAUGUAAAGGUUACAAUUUUAAACAUUUGUUUUCCUCUAACCAGUGGAUAGACAUUACAGAUGACAAACUGUUGAGAAAGAAAAUUCUGAAGCCAGGAUUUGGUGAAGCCUCAAUACCCCUUCCUGGUCAAGAGGUGACUGUCUACCUCAUGGGAAUUUUGGAAAGUGGAAUUCUGGUGGAGAAAGAUCCAAAUCUUUCCUUUGUCCUAGAUGAAGGGGACGUUAUACAGGCUCUAGAGUUGGGUGUCCGCUCAAUGCAGCUGGGAGAAGUGGCUUUUCUACUGACAAAUGGCCUUUAUGCUUUUGGUCUUCUCGGAAGGGACCCAGACAUCCCAUCUGAUGCCUCUCUAAUGUAUAAAGUGACUUUAAUCAGAGUCAGAGAUAAGCCCAGCCUUGGCGCUCUCACCACUGCUGACCGUAUUAGCCUUGGGAACCAGAAACGGGAAUGUGGAAAUUUUCACUUUGAACGUGAAGAAUAUCGAAGUGCCAUGCACUCUUAUAGCCAAGCACUGAGCAUCCUGACCCCGAGCAUUGCAGAACCGCUGAGCUCAGAGGAAGAAGAGGAGAUUCGCGAGCAUCGAAUCAAAUGUCUGAAUAACCUGGCAGCCACCCAACUGAAGCUUUAUCACUUUGAUGACGUCAUUAAUUCCUGCAAUGCAGUCCUAGAGAUGGAUCAACACAAUGCAAAGGCACUUUAUAGGAAAGGCAGGGUACUAUCAGAAAGAGGAGAGUAUGAACAAGCCAUGUCUGUCCUAAAACAAGCUCUUACAUUGGAGCCCACAACAAAGGCAAUUCAUGCAGAGCUUUCCAAGCUGGUAAGGAGACAAAAAGGACAGCCUGAAAUCACUAAAUCCCCAGGGAGACCUAAACCCAAAGCUCAUCUUAAGCUUAGAGAUGACUUAAAUCCGCUUAUUCGUCGCUGCACAAAGCAGAGGGUGACCUACAGGGUCCUGCUGUUUGGAUCGGUGACUGCAGCUUUACUAAGUCUACUGGCAGCUUUUAUCAUUAUGCAGGACAGCUGAAUAUUAAUGCUCAUAAGACAAUAUUCAAUCCAAUUCUAUUCACUCAUAAAGCCAGCAAAUAAGACAUUAUGACACAAGAGCAUACGUGGUGUAUGAUGUUCAAGCUCUGCACAUAUCUUUGCUGAUCACCUCUGAUAUCUCAGACUAAGCCAGCUGAUCUGAGGAACCCGAUUAGUGUUUAUGCACUCAUGUGCAAUAAAAAAAAAAAAAGAUUGAUUUUUAUGGUGUAAAACACACAAACAAGAUGUAAUUAAACUUAACUGUAAAGUAAGAUUUUUUUAUUAUUUGAUGAAAUUACAGUUUUUUCAAGGAAUCUGGACAUCAUUUCAGCAUUUAUUGCACACUGACCUUUCAAUUCCUAAGGCUGAAAAACAAGAUGAUGUGUAGAAACUGUGAGCUCUUUUGCUAACCAUGCGACUGGAACACCGUCACAGCUUUCCUUCCACUUUAUACGACAUUGGUAGAACAAUUUUGACGGAAGAGGGAAAGCCUUUCAGAGAACUGCUCAUUUGGCUCAACUUGUUUUGCCUGAGUUUGAACUGAACUGAAUCUGGAAAUCCUUUGUAUCCGGAUCAGAUUGUUAUCAUUAAUAUUGAUAAUCAGGGGUUGGAAAGGUCAUCUAGUAGGACAGCCAUCCCUCCUGUUAAUUUAUCCUAGGAAUUGUAUAUUGCUUUUGUUCAGUGAGGAGUGUUAGAGAGCAGUACACAUAGCAUUGCUGUAUUGCAUUAUUUUUUGUGUUUUGUUAGCUUUUUAAAAUACAGAUUUCUAAGCACCCCCAUCAGUCUAUACUCCAAUAUAUAGCUGAUAAAAGCAAGUAUUCUGUGGCACAACUGUUUAGCCUUCAGUGAUAAUGUGCUUCAUAUCAUUCCACACUCCUGGUGAAACAUUCCAUCAGUAGUAUGGUCUUGCCUUCAAUAGUACUAUGCAGUUCCAGAGUCAUCUGAAAAUUACAUGUAUCAUUCUGUAUGUUUCGAAAUGUAUAUUUUCCAUUAUGAAAUUUAUUUGCAAAAUUGUAAUUGCAGUUAAUAUUAUUAAAC